UUCCGGACGACUGGAGCUACAAUGACAUGUGGAGCACAUUUGGCAAGUAUGGGUGGAUAAUCUCUAUUUACAGUCCACAGAGAAGAAGUAAGAGUGGAGGCAGGUUCGGUUUUGUUAGAUUUUUGGAAGUGAGGAAUGUUAUGGAGCUGGAGAGUCAACUAGAUCAGAUUAGGAUUGAGGGGCGAAAGUUAUGGGUAAAUCUAGCUAAGUAUCUAGAGGAGAGAGGCGAAAAGGAAAAGGUUAGAAUUGGGAUCAUCGAAAAUAAAGAUUCUCAUGGGAAAUCAUAUGCAGAUGCUGUAAGAGGAGAACAAGGAGGAGACCUAAGAAAAACUAGAGAUCAGAUGCUAGCGACGAGUUUGAAGUUUGAACCCCAUAAGCAGCCGAAACAGAGACGGGAAUGGAAAAUGAAAAAUAGAGAAGAAGAGUGGUCGGGUAUGGAGUAUACAGUAAAAGAGGAAGAUUUUGAGUGGCUAAAGGGAUGUUAUGUAGGCAUAGCUCGAUCAGUGGAGAUUGUUUUGAUUCUGCAGGAGAGAUUCUACAUGGAAGGAUAUUUUUCAUGUAGUCUCAGAGCUAUGGGGGGAAAAAUGGUCCUUAUGGAAUGUGAGGACAAAGAAGAGCUUAAGGACUUCGUGCAGCAUGCCUCUGAUUGGCUUGGCCAGUGGUUCUUAGAAGUAACACCGUGGUCUCCUUCAAUGGUGGCAAAAGAGAGGUUCGUUUGGAUAAGGUGCCAAGGUGCACCUUUACAUGCUUGGGGCCCAAAGUUUUUUGAAUCCAUGGCAUCAGUUUGGGGCAAGUUCAUUAGCUUGGAUGAUAGUACCAGCAAGAGAAGAAGAUUUGACAUUGCCAGGUUCCUCAUCUCUACAACAAUGAUGGAGGCAAUCUCAGUAAAAAGGAAGAUUCAAGUGAAUGGAGCAAUGUAUGAGCUAAAAUUCACAGAAGAAGAACUGACGAACAGCCUUUUUUCUCUAAAAUAUGAUUUCAUGCCAAGUUUCAAUAACGACCAAGAGGAUGAUGAAUCAUGGUUUGAAGACACCGAUUAUGAUGAGGGUUGUGAUGAGAUAAGCAAGGAAGCAGAUAAAGAGACAACCGCCGGUGAAAAAGAGGUGGCCGGAGAUAACAUAGAGUGCGAAGGAAGAGGAAGUAGGUUGGUUGUAGCUCUUAUACUCGAGGAAAAAUUUGAAUUGGAUGGAAUAGGUAAUGAUGAGACACAGUUCUACAAGGGUGACAGUCCAUUCCAAAGCAGGGUGGGUGAGGAAGAGACGGUAGAAAUGGUAGCAGACAGCUUUGACAUGGAAAUAGAAGAAGAUGACGUUGAUGACAGAGAAAGAGUUGGAGAGUGUGAAGCUGAAUUUGAAAAAGGGAGGCAAAUGAAGGAAGAGGAGUCGGUCAUCAGGAAGCUUGAGGAGAUGGAGAAAAGGGAUAGAGCAACAAAAGAGGCAGAAAACGCAAGAAGAGCAAGUGAAGUUCAAAAGGAAACCAAGAAGUGUGGGUUAGAUAGGAACUAUUGUAAAAGGCUAUGGCACUCAGAAGACUUUGAGUGGGUUGGGAAGGAUUCUGUAGGAAGGUCAAGAGGGUUGUUGUGUGUUUGGAAUUCUAAAACCAUCACUGUGAAGCAUGUUUGGGAAGGAGAGAACUUUAUUGGUAUCCAAGGGGUGUGGAUUGCAGAGAACGUUGUGGUCAAUGUCGUUAAUGUUUAUUCCCCAUGCCAACUUGCUGGAAAAAGAAUCUUAUGGCUGGAGUUAAAAAAUUUAGUUUUGCAAUCAGGAGGAAUGUGGUGUGUUGUGGGAGAUUUUAACGCAGUCCGGAAAGUCAAGGAGAAGAUAGGGAGCGGUAGAUUAACUACAGAGAUGGGAGAGUUUGACAACUUCAUUAGAGAUUCGGGUUUGAUUGAUAUUCCGUUAGUGGGUAGAAAAUUCACAUGGUACCAAACAGGGGGCAAAUUCAUGAGUAGAAUUGAUAGAGCAUUGCUGUCAGAGGAAUGGUUAUCCACAUGGGGGGAAGCUACACAAUGGGGGUUGAGUAGAAUAGUCUCUGAUCACUGCCCUAUCUUGCUUAGACAUAAGAAAGUAAAUUGGGGACCCAAACCAUUCAGAUUCUUUGAUAUAUGGCUUGAGCAAAAAGAGUGCAGGGAGCUGAUAAGAAAAGCAUGGGAACAAGCAAAUAUCCAAGGAUGGGCUGGGUUCCAACUUAAGGAAAAGCUGAAGAUCACCAAGGAAGCACUGAAGAAGUGGAGCAAAAGCUUUGUUCCCGAAAUUGACAACAGAAUAAAAAAGGCCACAGCACAGAUUGAGCAAUACAAGGAGAGUAUGCUACAACAAAAAGCUAGAAAAGCAUGGUUAUCAAAAGGGGAUGAGAACACAAAGUUUUUUCAUAGCUGUGUGAAGGGGAGGUGGAAGAGGAAUGAAAUGAAUAGCAUACAAAUAAAAGGAAUUCAGUAUACGGAAGCCAGAAGUAUGAAAGAGGAGAUUGCUAGCUUUUUUCAGAACAUGUUUGCGGAAGAACAGUGGAAGAGGCCAACUUUAGAAGGAGUAAAAUUCAAGAGAAUCUCUGCAGAAGAAAAUAGCUCCCUCACUACACCAUUCACUGAAGAAGAGAUUAAGACUGUGGUAUGGGACUGUGAAAGCUCUAAGGCACCAGGGCCUGAUGGAGACAAUCAAAGGGGAUGUCAUUGGGUUUUUAGAGGAAUUCUAGAGAAAUGGCAAGUUGGGGUAGUAGGUGAACAACAAAUGGCAUUUAUAAGCGGAAGACAAUUGAUGGACGGGGUCAUGAUAGCAAAUGAGGUUGUGGAUGAAACAAAAAAGAAGAAGAAGAAAGCCUUUAUGCUCAAGAUUGACUUUGAGAAAGCUUACGACAAGUGCCUAAAAUCCAGCAUGGUGUCGGUACUAGUCAAUGGCAGUCCUACAAGGCAAUUCAUGGUCUCGAGAGGCCUGUGGCAAGGGGAUCCACUGUCACCUUUCUUAUUUCUAAUCAUUGCAAAAGGGUUCAACGGGCUAGCUUCAACAACAAUACAAAAUGGGUUAUUGAAAGGAGUGGAAGUAGGACAUGGAGGAUUCAAGGUCUCACACCUGCAAUAUGCAGAUGACACACUCUUGUUUGGUGAAGCUACUGAGGAGAAUGUUUGGGCCAUGAAGGGUAUUCUGAGAACAUUUGAGCUGGUGUCGGGGCUAAAGAUCAAUUUUAACAAAAGCCUAAUCAUUGGCAUUGGGGUAGAGGAAGAGUGGCUUGACAAAAUGGCGUGGAUUAUGUGCUGCAAAAAAGGGAAUCUACCCUUCAAAUACUUGGGGAUCCCUAUUGGGGGUACAAUUCUUUCUCUUGAUAAAAUUCGUAGAAGAUUUUUGUGGGGUGGGAUUGAGGGAGGUAAGAAAAUAAAUUGGGUCAAAUGGGAUACGGUAUGCAAGGAUAAAGAACUAGGGGGAUUAGGAGUGAAGGACUUAAGGAAAUUUAAUUUGGCACUACUAGGCAAAUGGUCGGGCAUAUUAGUGAACAAGGACGAAGGGCUUUGGAAAAAAGUGAUCGUAGAAAAAUAUAGGAAAGAGGGAGAACCUAGCUAUAAUUGGCUGAGGGAGAAUAUUGGCUACGGAUCAACUUGGUGGAGGGACAUUUGUAGAUUAAACAGUAUUGAGUGCAAGCAUGAGGGGUGGUUAGUGGAGGGGUGGUUAGUGGAGGGGUUCAAAAUCAGAGUGGGAGACGGGGGUAGCAUAAAAUUCUGGUGGGAUGAAUGGUGUGGGGAAGGUCAACUGGUGAAUAGAUUCCCUAGGCUUUAUUUAUUAUCUGCAGGAAAGGAUUUCAAAGUCUCACAGUCGGGAGGGUGGCUCAACGGAACAUGGAUUUGGCAUUUGGAAUGGAGAAGAGGACUGCAUAGUUGGGAAGAACAAGAAGUAUCAGAGCUCAUGAAAAUGAUCAACGACAUUACAAUCACAAGAGGAAAAGAAGAUAUAUGGGAGUGGAGUCAUAGCAAAGAUGGAGAUUAUUCAUCAAAGUCAGCCUACCAAGCACUCACGAGGGAGCACGGAACGGAACAACAAUAGUUGGCUCUCCACAAAGUUUGGAACACAAGUGUGCCAAACAAAAUUUCAGCAUUUUC